AGAGCGUUGCUCAUGUUUCCAACAGCAGCAGCGGCAGCACAGAAAGUGAGUGGGGCGAAGAGAAGUGGACUUAUCGAUUUAUUUGGGAGCGGCCCUUCGCUCACCAGUCGUUUAGCGCCCUCGUCCCACAGCCCGUCGCCGAUUGGUGCGCGCUCCAGUCCGUCAUUUUUCUGAUAGGUUCAUGGAAAAUUUUGCUUCAUAUGCAAGCCUAUUGUCACUCCGCCCACCGCUGGGAUUCUCCACUGUCAAGUCUGUAGGCUGGGUAGUACGACCGAAUAGAGCACAUUAGGGGCUUCAGGCUCGUCAUGUAUUUGUAAAACUCAAACGAAACUGUUGUGGAUUAACAUUUCAAGACGUUUCAAAAGGUGGACGGCUUACACUGAGUUAAGAAAACGGAUACUUUCCCCUUUGACGCUCCGUGCUGGAUGUUGACCGAGUUGAGCAGGGUUUUAUUGACGUUCACUGUUUUGGUGGCGUUCGCUCUAAGUUGGGACAUGCCUGUUUUUCCUCCAAGCUAAGAACUCGAUUUAGCGAUGCAUAAGUCCAUGUGUUCGUAAAGAUGAGUUUACAGGAAAUGGCAACUGCUCUGAGCGGCCGAAACCCGGGAGGACGCGGACCGAACCGAAGCAAGGGUCGGAUUUUAGGCAUCAUUGAUGCCAUUCAGGAUGCUGUGGGACCUCCAAAACAAGCUGCUGCCGACCGGCGGACCGUGGAAAAAACAUGGAAACUCAUGGAUAAAGUCGUCCGGCUGUGCCAAAACCCCAGACUCCAGUUGAAAAACAGUCCCCCGUACAUUCUGGAUAUCCUACCCGACGCGUACCAGCACCUGCGGCUCAUUUUAUGCAAAUAUGAGGAGCACCAGAAACUGUCCCAGCUCAGCGAGAAUGAGUACUUUAAAAUCUACAUCGAUAGCCUCAUAAAGAAGUCCAAGCGGGCCAUCAGACUCUUCAAAGAGGGGAAGGAGAGGAUGUACGAGGAGCAGUCACAGGACAGGAGAAACCUGACCAAACUGUCCCUGAUCUUCAGCCACAUGCUGGCGGAGAUCAAAGCCAUCUUCCCCGGGGGACACUUCCAGGGAGACACCUUCCGCAUCACCAAGGCCGACGCCGCAGAGUUCUGGAGGAGAUUCUUCGGAGACAAGACGAUAGUGCCAUGGAAGGUCUUCCGACAGUGCCUUCACGAAGUGCAUCUCAUCAGCUCCGGGCUGGAGGCCAUGGCCCUCAAGUCCACCAUCGACCUCACGUGCAACGACUAUAUCUCCGUGUUCGAGUUCGACAUCUUCACACGCCUCUUCCAGCCUUGGGGGUCCAUCUUGAGGAACUGGAAUUUCCUGGCGGUGACUCACCCGGGCUACAUGGCGUUCCUCACUUACGACGAAGUCAAGGCCCGGCUGCACAAGUACAUCAACAAGCCCGGAAGCUACAUCUUCAGACUGAGCUGUACGCGGCUGGGCCAGUGGGCCAUCGGCUACGUGACCAACGAUGGGAACAUCCUGCAGACCAUCCCGAACAACAAGCCACUGUUCCAGGCCCUUAUUGACGGCUACAGGGAGGGCUUUUAUUUGUUCCCAGACGGCCGCAGCUACAACCCAGACCUCAGUGACCUGUGUGAGCCCACGCCACACGACCACAUCAAAGUCACUCAGGAGCAGUACGAGCUGUACUGCGAGAUGGGCUCCACCUUCCAGCUGUGUAAGAUCUGUGCGGAGAACGACAAGGACGUGAAGAUUGAGCCCUGCGGUCACCUGAUGUGCACCUCCUGCCUUACCGCCUGGCAGGAGUCAGACGGCCAGGGCUGUCCGUUCUGCCGCUGUGAGAUCAAGGGGACUGAGCCCAUCAUCGUGGACCCCUUUGACCCGCGCAACGAGGGCGCCCGCUGCUUCUUCCUGGACCAGUUCAGCUGUCCCGCCCUGGAGCUGGACGACGAGGACGACCGUCUGGACGACUGCCUAGUCAUGAACGGACUGGCCAACAUCAGGAAGCACUGUGCGGAGCGGCAGAACUCCCCCAUGGUGUCCCCCACCUCCUCCCCCCUGAGCCAGCGCAGGAAGGCCCACGCGGCCGCCUCUGGGGGGGGCUGCUCCGACGUGGGCCUCUACGGGGUCCAGCACCUGGGCCUGCCCCCCGUACCCCCCCGCCUGGACCUGAUCCAGAAGGGGGCCGGCCGCUCGCCCUCCGCCAGCCCCACCGCCUCGCCAAAGUCGUCUCCAGGCAUGUCCAGGAAGCAGGACAAGCCCCUCCCCGCGCCUCCGCCCCCCCAGCGGGACCCGCCCCCGCCACCUCCCCCCGAGCGACCCCAUCCCCACCCUUCCGAGUCCCGCCUCUCCUGGCUGGCCCCCUCCACCUCCUCUUCCUCCUCCUCCUCCUCCUUCGUCACCGCCGCCGUGGUCACGGCCCCAAAGCCCCCCUCCCACCUUGGCCUCAACGGCCGACCGCUGAGCUUCCCCUCGGGCUGCGGGAGCCGAGCACAUCACAGGGCGGACCACACGGGCCCCCCCGACGUCUCCAAGCAUUUCCCCAAUGGUUUCCAGAUCAGCGAUGACUACGACAUUCUCCCCCCCAGACACUCGCCACCCACAAGCCAUAAACCCCAGAAUCACUUCAGCAGAGGCGGGCUGGAGAGGGAGAGAGAGCGGGGCCCCCCGGAGAGGCCAGAGACGCUGUACCAGGUGCCCUCAUCCAGCCUGUGUAUCAGCCAAGCCCCUAUCUGCAUCUCCAUAUCGGCCCCCAGCAGGCAUGGGGAGAACGGGUCCCCGGAGCCUCCUUCCUCCUCCUCUUCCUCCUCCUCCUCUUCUUCUGAGGAGAGGAAGGUCAAGCCUCCAGAGCAUGGUGGGCCCUUCGAGCUGGUCAGACCCCCGCCGCCGGCAGCAGCAGCAGCGGUGCAUGCCGCCCCCUGCCCCCAACGCAACCUCAGAACCCCCUCAGACUAUGACGUCCUGCUGGCCCCUCAAGCGGUCGAGGGUCACCUCAACGGCCGGCCCUCCCCCCAGUCCACCCCUCCCCCGCAGCCCCCGCCGCCCCCCCUCCGCCACAGCUGCACCGACCUGCCCUCCUCCGCCUCCUUCCCGGCUGUCACCCGGCCGCACCGCCCGGCGUCGGGCCACGAGCACCUGCUGUUGACCCCAGAGGCGGUGCUGGACAUGUUGAGCGGGGCGGCGCCCCUCCCCCCCCUUCGCAGGCAGGCGGUGGACCACGUCAAGUACCUCCCCAGGGAGGGCCCGGACCAGCCACACCUGACCGCCGCACCAGGGGCUCCGGACUUCCAGCAGGCGCCCGCCCGGCCCCCCAAGCCCUUCCCCCGCAAGGCCCCCCCGGCGCCGGAGGUCCCGCACGGGAAGUCUCACGCGGGGCACCACCCCCCGCCGCCGCCGCCCCCGCCCUCCUGCUCCUCCUCCUCCUCUUCGUCAGCGGCGGGGUGCGAGAGCGCCGACGCCAAGAUCGCCCAGCUGAUGGGGGAGGGGUACUCGUUCGAGGACGUGAAGCGGGCGCUGAUGAUCGCCCAGAACAAGGUGGAGGUGGCCCGGAACAUUCUGCGAGAGUUCGCCCUGGUUGCGCCCGGCUCCAAGUCUAGAUGAACGGGCGGGGACCAACGUCUGGACACACACACACACACACACACACACACACACACACACACACACACACACACACACACACACACACACAGAGGGAGAGGGGGAACGCGUUAAAGCUGUGCCCCUUGGUUGAAUACAAAACAAAAAGGGCUUCUGGAGCCGUGCUCGUUGGACGCAGGGAGGGUACGGCCGGCGGCCAGCGGUCAGCGGGCCGGGGGUCGGGACGGCGCUGACGAUGACGGACUGCGGCACGGAGGCGGGAAACCAGCGAGUGAGGCGCGACCACAGGAGGACCUUCUGCGCUGACAGACGGUGGACGGGGACGUGUUUUCUGUUGUUGCUUUGUGGGUUUUUCUUCAAUAUCUGUGAGAACGGACAGCGAGAUUGAUCACCAGGAAACGGCUGGCCACGCGCACUGCCUUCGCUCUCACAAGGACAACUCUUUUGUUCAACAUUUCACACACGCUGCCAAUUACUGUUUUUUUGUAAAUGUAAACACACACGCGCACGCGCGCACACACACACACACACACACAUCUAUACAUAUAUAUUUCUGUGUGUAUAUAUGUAUGUGUGUAUCUAUAAGUAAGUAUAUGUGUAUAUAUGUAUAUAUAUAUACAUGUAUAUAUAUGUGUAUAUAUGUAUAUUUAUUAUUAAUAUAUAUGUGUAUAUAUAUAUAUAUGACUCCUUCUCGUUCCCCUGCUGCUGCCGUUCCAUUGAUUCCUCGUGUAAUAGCCGGUUAAGUCAUCAUUUCUGCACUGAAAAGAAAUAUGCUAAAUGUGUUCAUGGCCUUCCGUUAAUUAUUAAAUUCACGUCCAGCAGGGGGAGACAAACUCUUUUGCUUUAGUUUCCUUCGUCCCAUCAAGGGCUAAGAGAAGGAGAACGGGGGACAGGGAUAAUGACAGAAAGAAUGAUAGAGAGAAAGAGAAAAAUAGAUGGAGGUGGAGAGCGAAUGAGAGCGUAAGAGACUUUGGUUUUGAAUGUAUGUGUCAAAAGCUACGUGCCAGUGUGUGUGUGUGUGUGUCUCCGUGUGUGUGUGUGAGUGUGUGUCUCAGUGUGUGUGUGUGUGUGUGUGUGUGUGCGCGCGCAUUCUAUAAGCAUUUGAGUGAUGGGAGUGGAGCAUAGCCAUGGGACUGUUCAUCCCUUAACUGCCAAAGGACGGUUCAUUUGGAAAUGUCAGGUUGGGUUCCCUGGAAGCGCUGCGCCGCCGCAGGCUGCUAGGGCGUCGCUGUGCUAUGCCAUGCUAUGUUGUUGUUGUCGUUGAUGUUGUUGCUGUUGUUGUUGUGGUUGGGUCUGCUCCGGUGUACGGCAGAGGUGGCCACAGUGCAUUAGGUACCGCUGGUUCUGCACCAGAAGCCGCUCAGCAUGCACACGGCACCACGUUGGUGCAGCUAUACCUUCAGUGGCUCUCCCAGUCUGGGUUUCCUCGAGGACCCUCAUGCGUUUCAUCGAGUCGUAUUGCAUCACUUAACAUUUCCGCCAUGGCAUGGACUGAGGACUGGCGAACUCCCAAUUGCAUUAACUGACCCCACCGAAAAAAAACUUGAACUGUAGUUGUAGAGGUUAUGUGCUACCUUUUUUUAAUACAUUUGAGCUGGAUUCGUUGUAUAUAUCGCCUUAAUAUCCAAAUGGAAACAAGAGUUUCAAGACCCCUCUGUGAAACAUUUGUGACCUCUACUGGGAGCUGGAUCCACAGGUUGGGAAGCACUGGUUUAAUGAAUCUAGGAUUUGUGUGAUGGUGUGUGUGUGUGUGUGUGUGUGUGUGUGUGUGUGUGUGUGUGUGUGUGUGUGUGUGUGUGUGUGUGUGUGUGUGUGUGUGUGUGUGUGUUGGGUUCCUGCAAAUGCCUUCAUCAAUUACUUUCAUUGGAUAGGGGAAAUCACAUGGGUUGAUCUGUCAUUUUUCUAAUAUUUGAGAACAAACGACAAAUCAGUGAGAUCAUAGAUGGUUAAAUAUGUUUGUUCAUUCAAUACCAGGUGUGGCCAUGUGCACACACACACACACACACACACACACACACACACACACACACACACACACACACACACACA